ACUUUUAAGUCAUACCAGGAAUGUGCUCAUCGUUGCUAGUUUGACCUUACGAAUCAUCCCAUUCUUACGGAUUAUUUUUUCCCCUACUUUCCAUCUAAGCUAGCUCUUUCACUCAGCCUAGCUGAGAUGUAGUUUUUGCCAGAUCAUCUGAUUUCCUUGUCUACAAGUUCUUUCCGACGAUUUACCCACCCUGUCUCAGAACCCAGCCGCCCAACUACACUCAUAUAUUCAAUAUGGGCAAGUCUUUUGCAAGGGUUCACUUAUGCUCGGCUGGGAGGCUUGGAGACAGCGGUAAUAAAAUUCCGCAAUGGGUUCAAGCAAACGGCGGAAGGUAUUCUAAGCAAGUCACUCACGAUGUGACGCACCUAGUUACAACCAAAGACGCCUAUAUGAACAACAUCCCCGCAGUCAAAGAAGCCAGACGUCUCGGGACUGUUAAGAUAAUAUCGUAUGAAUGGUUGGAGGAUUCUCUACUUUCCCGUAACCGGACGCCCAAACGGGAAAAGGCAUAUCUCAUCGAGAAUAUCCUAAAGGAGGAAAGGAGAGCUGCAAAGGAGAAAGCCAGGAAAACCCCAAGGCAGCAGGGUAAGUCUACAAAACAAGCCCCAGGCAAGCUUACAGGAAAAGCAAAUAUAAAAGGCCCUUUAGUUGUCAACCGUGGGGAAAACGCUGGUUCCAUUACAUCGGGACAUCAUGUUUACACGGACAUGACAGCCUGUCUAACAUACAAAGCAACGCUUGUCCGACAGACAAUCGCGAAGCGUAACGAGAAAUUGCAGCUUACGAUCUACGAAUCCAAUGAUAAACCGUGUACGUAUGAAACCAAAUGCAAAUACAGCCGUGUUGGUAAAUCAAACUCCCAGAUACUUGCUCCAACCGGAAGCAGCUUGGACACGGCCCUCACAGCAUUUGAACGAGUUUUCGAAGAAUAUACGGGAAAGAGCUGGGCGCUACGUGAGGACGGAAUCCUGCCCGAGCCAAAGAGAGAUAGUGAAGGUAACUUCGUACCUCCCCAUGAGGGUUGGUACAUCUACGAAGCCAGCACGAACUUGUUCCUCGACUUCAUCCAGAACGGCUCGACCAGCAGCGCCAAUGUCUUUGGAAAGUAAUCUGGAAGCGGCAGUUUCAGUCGAGUUUUUGACUAGUUAGUGCUACUGAUGGACGAAGUCUACUCUUUGUUUCACUGCCAGCAACCAUUAGUAGCGAGCCAGAAGCUCCACUGUCUCUUUCUUGUACUUAGAGCUUCAAAUGCCGAAGCUACAAGAUUCUCUUGCUUGAUGCCAUCUUGUCUCAUAUGACUGCCCCAUACAUUCGGAAGAGAACUUGUAUAUGGGAGA